AAGGGUAGGGAAAAGAAAGCUAAAAACCAAAACCCAACUGCCUUUGUCAUCUGGGGAUGGGAGUAGUGGUGGUACUUUUCUUGCAUCUACCGUAACCGUAAACUUUAGGUUCCCUCAAUUCCCCCUUUUCCUUUUUAGUUUUCCAACCCACCCUAACCCAAACAAAACAAACCCCUUUAACCCCUCUUAUUCAUCUUCUUCUUCUAUUUCUUUCUUCUUCCUCUUCUUCUCUGCUAUAACCCCCCAAUUCCUAACAAAAGAAAUAAAUAAAAAAACAAAAAAUCUUCUACAUUCGCCUUAAAAAACUCAACUUUUGUUUAUCUCCUAACUUGGGUUUUUUUUUUUUUUUUUUUUUUUCAAGGCAAAAAAUCGUAUCUUUUGGUUAUUAUUAUUAUUAUUUAUUAUUGGGGAAUUUGGGGAAAGUUUUUUUUUUUUUUGGCAGGGGUUUUAGGAAGGAGGAGGAGGCAUUUUAGGGUUUUAGGUGGAUAUGUCAGCUGGGGUUUGUAGAAAACGGGUUGGGUUCGAGGAAAUCUUCGGAUCUUCCUCUUCUCCCACGACGCUUUCUUCUUCGGCUAAAAGAAUCAGGUGGUCCAGUUUCGGAUCUCCUAGCCGGUCUGAAUUUGGAUCCGGAUCCGAUGGUGCCGUUUCGGUUUUGUUACAAAUGUUCCCUGCUUUGGAUCCUGAGUUGGUGGAAACCAUUCUAAGAAAUCACAAUAAUAAUGUUGACGAUGCAAUUGAAAGUCUACGAACCAUCUCCUUUGGCAACCUUGAUGCAAGAAAUAGAUCACAAAAUCUUGAUUCUGCAACAAUUGGAAACUGUGCAGCUGUUCCUGAUCAGGGUGCGGCGACAUGCAGUCAGGUGUCUGACCAAAGUGUAGAAGAUGUGAAGGACAUCGGUUCAACAGUCGACUACACAAAUAUGGUUGAUGGAUCUAAGUGGGUAGAUAUGUUUGUGCAAGAAAUGAAGAAUGCAACGGAUGUCGACGAUGCUAAGAUGCGAGCUGCCAAGAUUUUGGAGGCUUUUGAACGAAGUAUAACUUCCCACUCAAGGGCUUCUAAGGAGUUGGAACAAGUUUCACUGAAGCAUCAUAUCCAGAGCUUGUUAAAUGACAACCAGAUAUUAAAACGAGCAGUUGCCAUCCAACAUGAACGCAGUUUGGAGCAAGAGGAAAAAGCAAAGGAAGUUGAACAGUUAAAGCAGGUGUUGAGCCAGUACCAAGAACAAAUACAAAGUUUAGAGCUGAGCAACUACACAUUAAAGCUUCAUUUGCAGAGAGCACAAGAAAGUAGCUCUAUUCCUGGACAAUUCCACCGAGACAUAUUUUAAGGUUCUUUUAUCCAUCCCUUGGUUAAUGGAUAUAUACUAUUUCCCCAUACGUGAAGUUGUAACCCUUCUAAGAGUGCGAAAGAGGUAAUGAAUGACCAACACUAAAAGAUUCAUAUAGGGUUGUACUAAAUAUAUAGUUUGUAUUUGUCUGUAUACUUAAAAAGCCAAAUUCACUUUGGCAAUUUGUGUGGAAAGUUUCAUUCUCGGUUGUCAUCUUUA